AUGAGACAGGGUGGAAAGCAAAAGCCUUUAAAGAAGCCUAAGAAAAAGGGACAGAAUUUAGACGAGCAGGAUGUGGCCUUCAAAGAGAAGAAGAAGGAAGAAGAAAAGCUUGUGAAACAGAUGGCCGCUAAGGCUGCUGGAAAGGGCCCUAUGUACAAGAUAGUGUUUUUAGGAGAUCAAGGUGUGGGAAAAACUUCUUUGAUCACACGAUUUAUGUAUGAUACUUUCGACUCACACUAUGCAGCAACCAUCGGUAUAGAUUUCCUUUCUAAGACGAUGUAUUUAGACGAUAAGACGAUCAGGCUACAACUAUGGGACACUGCUGGACAGGAACGAUUUAGAUCCCUUAUUCCUUCUUACAUACGAGAUUCUAAUGUGGCAAUCGUUGUAUAUGAUAUCACCAAUAAGGAUUCGUUCAACGACGUUCAGAAAUGGUUUGACUAUAUUAGAGCGGAACGGGGGACCGAUGUGUUGAUUGUUCUGGUGGGUAACAAGUCUGAUUUGGAAGAUAAGGUGAUCACUAGCGAAGAAGGAGAGGAACAGGCCAAGAAGUUGGGUUGCAAUUUCUUCAUAGAGACAAGUAGUAAGAACGGAUACAAUGUCAAGAAGCUUUUCAAGAAAAUCGCCAAACUUCUACCGGAGCUGCAGAACGAAGAUGCCGAUCAGGCACUGGGUGGCGGUAACCAGAACGUGCAGACUAUAGAUGUCAGCACGGACAAAUCUCCUCAAGAGGAAGGAAUCGCAAAUCAAUAG